CGGCAAAUAAAUACAAGAUCAACUAAUUUCAAAGUAGAACGGAAACAGUUUCCCCUAGUUCCUUCUGAAGCCAUGACUAUAUAUAAAAGUCAAGGUGGCAUUUAUGAAAAAGUCGUUGUCAAUCUAAAGAAAGGAAUGACAAGAUCUGAAUUAUAUGUCGCUUGUAGUCGUGCAACAAAAGCAAGUGGUUUAUAUUUAAUUGGCGACCUCGUUCCACCGAAACCACCUGAACAUAAUGAUGCAGUGGCGAUGAUGUUCAAAAGCAUGAGAUCCGAACGAAUGCUGAAAUUUUCACUUGAAUUUCCCGAAGAAUCUCAAGAAGAAAGAUUUUCGAUUAUGUUUCAUAAUGUACAAUCAUUGAAUAAACAUAUUUCAGAUAUUAAGUGUGACACAACAUUUUUGUCUUCUUCCAUGAUAAGUCUUGUUGAAACAUGGACAAAACCAAGUGACAACUUGGAAAUUGAAGGUUUCAAGAUAGUUCACAGACGUGAUUGUGAUGAUGUACGAAAAUCAUUCGGUCAAAUCAUUUAUUUAAAAAAUGAUCUGAAGUACGAAAAUAUCACCGAAAGAUAUGGAUAUUCAGGCAAAAACCAUAUUGAAUAUUCUUCAAUAGAAAUUGAUGAUAUUUGUAUAAUUUCCAUUUACAAUUCACCGAAUUCAUCAUUCGAUAUCUUAAAACGACAGAUUAAUGAAGUUAUAACUAUUUCAAAAGGGUUUUGUCAAAAUAUAAUUGUCAUUUUGGAUCAUUUUAUUUUUGCACUUGAUUUUAAUAAUACUACAGAGACUAAUCAAAUUUCAAGUCAAGCUCAAAUAAUUAAUGAUUUAAUUGAAAAAUCACCAUUUAUAACUAUGAAUAAUAAAGACCAAUCCGUCCGGUUAAAAUCGAAAACAGGAUAUUCUGUUCAAGCGUUCGAUUCUGUUUAUGCUAGAACUUGCACGACUGCAGAUGGCAAUUGUUUAUAUAGUUCUCUUUCGAUAAUAAAUAUUGGGUCUGAAAAACUAACACAUUCGAUGAGAUUGUUGGCAGUUAAUGCAAUGAUGAAUAAUAGCGAUUAUUUCCAAACCCUUUGUACUGUAUUGCAAUAUUCAUUUGAAGAACAGUUGAAAAGAACUGCUAUGGAUACAAUAUGGGGUGGAGAAGUUCAAAUUCAGGCGCUUUCUAUGGCUCUAUCUCAUCCUAUCUAUUCAUAUAUUCAGUUUAACGGCAAUCCAAAACAUAGACAUUAUAUUUCAUCGAAUAUUAGUUUACAGGAACUAGUUGAUCGAUUUGCUAAAGGAACAGCAGGUGGUCAUCUAAAAUAUAUAGGAUACAAAUCUGAUAUGAAUAAAGUAGGAUUUUGUAUUUACUAUAAUGGUAGUCAUUAUGAUGCAUUUUUACCUUUUCGAGAUAAUCCUCAACAAUUUGUACCGCACUUUGACAUAAUUAACAUGAGUUUAUAA